UGUCAUUUCAUCAGAUUUCGACUGUCACAUAAUCACUUCACACACAUUUGGAGAGUAAAUUGUUUUUUUUAUACCAUUUCUAAAUAAUUUAUAAUAAAUUGCGAGUUGAAAUUACUUCAACAUGUUGACUCGCGCCAUCCGAGUGCGCCCCGUUAUUCGGGGCAUUGCGUCGACGGCUGUUUGGGCCCGCAAUCGUCCAGUCCAGAGUUCUAUGAUGCACUUCUACCGGGAUCGUGCCACACGCCUUCACCAGUUUCAUGGGGCUAGUAUGAUGGUGCAGCGCUUUUACAGUCGCAAGAGCGACGAUCCUGACGCGAACCCAGCGCCUGAGAACGGUCCCGAAGUAAUCAUGGAGCGAGAUUCUCAUCUGCCGGCUACAGUGGCUGUGCCGGAUGUCUGGCCGCAUGUUCCUCUGCUGGCCAUGCGCAAGAAUCCGCUCUUUCCGCGUUUCAUGAAGAUUAUUGAGGUGUCCAAUCCCAUCCUCAUGGAUCUGUUGCGUCGCAAAGUCAAGCUAAAUCAACCUUACGUGGGCGUGUUUCUCAAAAAGUCGGAUGGCGAGGAGGAGCUUGUCCACAAUCUGGAUGAUGUCUACCACUUUGGCACCUUUGCCCAAAUUCAAGAGCUUCAGGAUCUUGGCGACAAGCUGCGCAUGGUGCUUGUGGCCCACCGGCGCAUUCGUAUCACCGGCCAGGUGGUCGAGGAUGUGACCCCUCCCAAGCCGGUGAAAAUGACAACUUUGCAUUAUCCACUAUUUAAUUUAAAAUUACACAUCCCAGCUGAAGAUCAAACCGCGGAACAGGAGCGUACACAGGCAAGAACAAGGCCCGAUACUGGGAGAAAGCCUCGAACUCGAGCUCCGCGGCGACAACCGCCAAAGCCACAGGAUCUGGAGGCCAUGGAGAAACUAGCCCAGAAGCUGACACUGGAACCGCCAUUGAAAUCUGGUAGAAUUGUUCCAACCUCUGCGCCCCAACCUCCCAGCCAGGCUAAAAAGCAAGAAGCUACCGCUGAGGCGGGAGCUGGAGCAGAUGAAUCAGCAGCGCCUGCUCCGCAACCUGUUCUCGUUGUUGAAGUGGAGAAUGUCAAGCUGCCAGUGUACAAGCAAACUGAAGAGGUCAAGGCCUUGACGCAGGAAAUCAUCAAAACUCUUCGAGACAUCAUCACCAUGAAUCCCUUGUACAGAGAGAGUCUCCAGCAGAUGCUACACCAGAACCAAAGGGUUGUCGACAAUCCCAUUUACUUGUGCGACUUGGGAGCUUCAUUGUCUGCUGGUGAGCCGGCGGAACUGCAAAGGAUUUUAGAGGAGACGGAUAUCCCAGAACGUCUUCAGCUAUCCCUGACCUUGCUUAAAAAGGAACUUGAACUUUCGAGAUUACAGCAGAAAAUCGGACGCGAAGUGGAGGAGAAGGUCAAACAACAGCAUCGUAAAUACAUACUUCAGGAACAGCUGAAGGUUAUCAAAAAAGAACUGGGCAUCGAAAAGGAGGACAAAGACGCAAUUGGCGAGAAAUAUCGCGAAAAACUUAAAGACAAAACUGUUCCCGAAAGCAUAAUGACGGUCAUAGAUGAAGAGCUGAAUAAGCUAAGCUUCCUUGAAAGUCAUAGUUCAGAAUUUAAUGUAACCCGAAACUACCUGGACUGGCUUACCUCGCUUCCAUGGGGCGUCCUCAGCACAGAGAACUUGUGCCUAGAGAAAGCCACCGAGAUCCUAAAUCACGAUCAUUAUGGCAUGGAGGACAUCAAGAAGCGCAUCUUGGAGUUCAUAGCUGUCAGCUCUCUCAGAGGUUCUACGCAGGGAAAAAUUCUGUGUUUCCACGGGCCCCCUGGCGUGGGCAAAACGAGCAUAGCCAAGUCCAUCGCAAGAGCUUUGAAUCGUGAAUACUUCCGCUUCAGUGUGGGCGGAAUGACGGACGUGGCGGAGAUCAAAGGACACCGUCGCACCUAUGUGGGUGCUAUGCCAGGCAAGCUAAUUCAGUGCCUGAAAAAGACGAAGAUCGAAAAUCCGCUGGUGUUGAUCGACGAGGUAGACAAAAUUGGAAAGGGCUAUCAAGGAGACCCUAGCUCUGCCCUGUUGGAACUGCUCGAUCCGGAGCAGAAUUCCAACUUCUUGGAUCACUAUCUGGACGUCCCAGUAGACCUGUCGCGAGUGCUCUUCAUCUGCACAGCCAACGUGAUCGACACAAUUCCCGAGCCCCUUAGGGAUCGUAUGGAGCUGAUCGAAAUGUCUGGGUAUGUGGCCGAGGAGAAGAUCGCCAUUGCCCGACAGUAUUUGAUACCGCUAGCCAUGAACGACUGCGGACUGACGGACGAGCAAAUCAAAAUCACCGAAGAUGCCCUUAACAUGCUGAUCCGCAGCUAUUGCCGGGAAUCCGGCGUCCGGAAUCUGCAAAAGCAAAUCGAGAAGGUCAUUCGCAAGGUGGCCUUCCGCUUGGUUAAGAAGGAGGGCGAGCACUUCCCGGUGAACUCUGACAAUCUCACCACAUUCCUAGGCAAACAGAUCUUUAGCUCCGAUCGUAUGUAUGACACCACCCCGGUUGGCGUAGUCAUGGGACUGGCCUGGACGGCCAUGGGCGGCUCGUCGCUGUACAUCGAGACCUCAAGACGCCACAUCCGUCACUUGGAUAAGCCAGACGCUCCCGCUGCCGGUGGAACUCUUCAUAUUACCGGAAAUCUGGGGGAUGUGAUGAAGGAGUCGGCACAAAUAGCUAUGACGGUGGCACGAAACUUUUUGCACUCGCAUGAUCCUAAGAAUCAGUUCCUAGAGCAAGAACACAUCCAUCUGCAUGUACCUGAAGGAGCCACACCCAAGGAUGGUCCCAGUGCAGGCAUUACUAUCAUAACAGCGCUGGUUUCCUUGGCGACGGGCAAGCCUGUACGACAGGACGUGGCCAUGACAGGGGAGGUGUCCCUCAAGGGAAAAGUUCUAACCGUUGGCGGUAUUAAGGAGAAGACUAUAGCAGCUCGUCGCAGUGGAGUCAAUUGCCUUAUCCUGCCCGUGGAUAACAAAAAAGACUUCGAAGAGCUGCCCCCUUACAUAACAGAGGGUCUGGAAGUGCACUUCGCCGCCACCUACGAUGAUGUCUACAAGAUAGCCUUUGCCGACACCAGCGAGGCAACUAGCACAAAACAAACGGACGCAGUGGAACAGGAGCCGCUACGGAAAGUUUCCAGUGCAGCCGCCGCCAAGUCGGCGACACGGCUAUAGCUUUAGUGCCAGCCUGGGGGGCUGUUCCGGGGUUCGGGUUUGUUCAUCGAUUUUAUUGACAUCGAUCGUUAUCAGGUUAAUUAGUAUACUUAGACCAUAGCAUUUGUUAAAGCUAAUGCCAAGUAAAUUGAAUGUACUGACGAA